GGCGGCCGCGUGUGUUAACAACACGUUUCUCGCUUCCCGCCCGGCGCCCCGAGGGUUGCCGUCCGCCGCCAGAAGCCUCCGCCGCAGCGCCUCCGCCGGGCUCAGUGGUGGCUCUGGCGGAGGCGAGCAUGGAACCACGGCACGCCUCUCCUUCCACGGACGUCGUAGAGCUGCGGAGAGCCACGUCGCCGCCGCCGAGACGAGCCGAGAGGCGCGGACGCUCGCGAAUUCCGGGAGAGUGCGAGGGCGGUCGUCGGGCUCCGUGACCGCAGGACGGACAGUGUGGUGGAAGCUCCGGGGGCGCUGUGCGAGAGGAGACCUGUGGGGCCGCAGUGUGCUGGAGGCGGAGGAGAAGGAGGACCUCGCGCCGGUAGUAUGGCUCUCCUCGACGACGACAGCCCGCGGGAGUGUAGGAUCUGCUUCAACGACUUCGACGAGGCGGAGCGGCGCCCCAGGAACCUGCCGUGCGGCCACACUUUCUGCACGCUGUGCAUCGCCGGCACCUUCCGCGUCAACAAGUUCACGUGCCCGAGCUGCCGCGCCGCCCACGUCGCCCUCGACGUCACGGUCUUCCCCGUCAGCUACAUCACCGAGGCCUUCGUCAGGUACGUGCGCCGGCGGAGUCCCGAGGAUGACGCCCUCGGCAGGCGGCCGCUGCAGGAGGAGGAGGUCCGGCUGCGCAAGCUGAUCUUCGGCUGCCAGGAGACCCAGACGCACCUGGCCCACUGCGCGGCCGAGGUGGCCAAGGCGGGGCGCGAGGCCACGCGGAUGGCCACGCGCAUCGACGCCAUCGCCGAGCACAACCGCCGCGUCCUGCAGCACAUGCUGGAGGAGCACCGCCGCGUCGCGAGCAAGUGCGGCGGAGGCGCCGCCGAGGAGGAGCAGCCCUUCAGCCCGCGGACUCGCCUCGACCUCCACGUGGGCAUGGCGGCCACCCCCGGGGACGCGGCGGCCUUCCCCGAGGCCUCCGGCAGCGUGGGGGCGGCGGGAGAGCAGCCGGUGUCGCCGCGCGAGCCGUCGGCAGACCGGUUCCGCCUCUCGAGGCUGACGGAACAUAUUGAACGUGCGACAGCUGCCGUUCGAAGGGGAGACGCAAAUAUUUGGGAAACGUCGCAGUCUGUGGCGAAGUACAAGCACUGCGAGGCCAUGCAGCUGGUGGACCCCUUCUACAGCGUGGUGUUCCUGGAGCUGUGCUGGGGCGGCGCGGCGCGGGGGCGUGUGCACAUCCGCCUCACGCCCAACGACCGCCGCGCCCAGCAGUUCCUGUCCCUGUGCACGGGCCAGGGGGGCAGGAGCUACGUGGACACGCAGCUCCUGCAGGUGGGCUACAAGGGGCGCCCGGGGGAGUACGUGGUGGGCGGCGGGCUGGACGACGUGGCCAUGGAGGAGGAGGAGUUGGGGCGCGAGUGCCAGAAGCGGGCGUCGGUGGGGCUGGUGUGGGGCUGGUGCGAGGCGGACGCGCACUCGGGCCCCAGCAGCCUCGGCGCUGGGCCCCGCUUCGCCAUCACCACCAGGCACCCGGGGCCCGGAACCAGCUACUGCCGCGUCUUUGGCAAGGUGGAGGCGGGGCUCGAGGUCCUCAAGGCCGCCACCAAGCUCAAGGACAUCACGGACGUCACGGUGCUCGACUGCGGCAUCGUCGUGACCUUCUGAUGACCUCUCCUUCGCCCUCCCUCCCUCUUUCCCUCCUUCUCCCUUCCUCUCCCUACCUCCCUCCCUCCCUCCCUCCCUC